UGGGCUCCGGGGCGGGGGAGGUCCCUUCCAGCGCAGAGCGCCGCGGCCAGACGGAGUUUCGAGCGCAGGGCCGCCCCCAGUUCGCGCUGUGUCCUGGACCUGGACCCUGGACCCCGGACCCCGGACCCCCGACCCCCUGUACGCUCCCUGUUCCCGCCCCGGACGCCUGUGUGCGUCCCCCAUGCGCCGCCUCGGACUCCCGCUGUUCGCUCUGUGGCUGCAAGUGGCCGCCCCCAGUGUCCCCCUGCCCCAUGUGGAACAGUACGAGGUGGUGUGGCCCCAACGUCUGCCACGACCCCGUGCUCGCCGAGCCCUGCCCUCCCACUCGGACCGGUACCCAGAGAGUGUGAGCUAUGUCCUUGGGGCCCAAGGGCACAACUUCACCCUGCACUUGCGGAAGAACAGGGAGCUGGUGGGCUCGGGCUACACGGAGACCUACAGCACGGCCAACGGCUCCCAAGUGGCGGAGCAGCUACAGAGGCAGGAUCACUGCUUCUACCAGGGCCAUGUGGAGGGGCAUGAGCAUUCUGCCGCCAGCCUCAGCACCUGUGCCGGCCUCAGGGGCUUUUUCCGGGCUGGCUCGACUGUCCACCUGAUUGAGCCCCUGGAUGGGGCCAGUGAAGAGGGGCGGCAUGCGCUGUACCAGGCAGAGCACCUGCAGCAGAAGGCCGGGACCUGCGGGGUCAGCGAUUCCAUCUUGGAGAAGGCCUUGGGGCCUCGGAUCUCAGCAGCCUUCAGGCCCCGGAACUGGCUGCUGCCCCGGGAAACCCGCUACGUGGAGCUGUACGUGGUCACGGACAGUACAGAGUUCCAGCUGUUGGGGAGCAGAGAGGCUGUACGCAGGCGGGUGCUGGAGGUGGUGAACCAUGUGGACAAGCUUUAUCAGGAGCUCAAUGUCCGCGUGGUCCUGGUGGGCCUGGAGAUCUGGAACCACAGGGACGGGAUUCACGUGAGCUCCCACGCCAACACCACACUGGAGAACUUCCUCACCUGGCGGGCGCAGAAGCUGGCGGGGCGUUACCGGCACGACAACGCGCAGCUGAUCACCGGGGUCGACUUCGCCGGGACCACCGUGGGACUGGCCAGGGUGUCGUCCAUGUGCUCCCGGGGCUCAGGGGCUGUGAACCAGGACCACCACCAGAACCCCAUCGGUGUGGCGUCCACCAUGGCCCACGAGAUGGGCCACAACCUGGGCAUGGCCCAUGACGAGAACAUUCAAGGCUGCUACUGUCCCGUGCCGCGGGAAGGUGGCGGCUGCGUCAUGGCGGCCAGCAUCGGCGUCAAGUUCCCCAGAAUGUUCAGCCAGUGCAGCCGUGCCGACCUGGAGCUGUUCGUGGAGAAGCCCCGGACGGGCUGCCUGGACAACGCCCCAGACCCUGACCGGCUGGUGGGCGACCCCGUGUGCGGGAACUGGUUCGUGGAACGUGGGGAGCAGUGUGACUGCGGCCCACCCCAGGACUGUCGGAACCCCUGCUGUAACGCCACCACCUGCCGGCUGGCCCACGGGGCCGAGUGCGCACAGGGCGCCUGCUGCCGGGAGUGCAGGGUGACACCCGCCGGUGAGCUGUGCCGUCACCGAAAGGACGCAUGUGACCUUGAGGAGCACUGUGACGGCCAGCAGCCGGGGUGCCCAGAGGACGCCUUCCAGGAGAACGGCACACCCUGCCCGGGGGGCUACUGCUACAACGGAGCCUGCCCCACGCUGGCCCAGAGGUGCCAGGACCUGUGGGGGCCAGGCUCAUGGGCUGCCGUGGAAACAUGCUACACCUACAGCAUCUCGCCCGACUGUAGGGGUAGGAUCCCCCUUGGCUCCAGCAGGGUCAACAGGUGUGGCGUCCUGUACUGUGAGGGGGGACAGAAACCCCCAGAGCAGAGCUCCUGCACCCUCACCUCCUCCUCGGCUGCUUGCCAGGCCCUCGUCCUGGAGGAAGGUGUUGGCUACGAGCCAGUGCCCGAAGGCACCAAGUGUGGCGAGGAGAGGAUUUGCUGGAAAGGACGCUGCGAGCACCUGCAAGUUUACAGAUCCAGAAACUGCUCCGCCCAGUGCAACAACCAUGGGGUGUGCAACCACAAGGAGGAGUGCCAGUGCCACCCGGGCUGGGCACCACCCCACUGCACAGAGCUGCUGCCCUCCGUGCACACAGCAACCACUGUGCGUGUAGCCGGCCACAGCACCACCCCCUCCAGGGCCUGGCCAGACCUGGCUCAUGUCACUGUGGGCCCGGGGCCAGCCACCACUAAGCCCUCCAACUCAUCAUCAUCUGAGAGCCUGGAGUGCUGUUGGUCCAGGAGCCUCCUGAUGGUCGUGCUGGUGCCUGCGGUGCUCCUGGUGGCUCUGGCCCUCCUGGCAGGGGCAGUCAUCUACCGAAAGGCCUCGGGCCGCAACCCUUGGGGGACUGCAGCACCCAAGACCGCCAUUGGGCUCUCCAAUCCCCUGUUCCACGAGGGGCGCGGUGUGCCAGCCAAGGGUGGGGCUCCGGGCCCCCCCCACCACCCCAGCCAGCCCGCCAGACCCGCGGUCCCCAGGGCGACCCCCAAGCAGCCGCCCCCUGCUCCUCCAGCCGCCACGUCCAAACCCCCCCCCACAGUUCCUGUGUAUACCUGGCCGCCCCCAGACCAGCUCAGACCUGCUCCGCCUGCCAAGCCCCUCCCUGAACUGAAGCCCAAGCAGGUUGUCAAGCCGAUCUUCCCACCCCCGAUGCCACCGGUCAAGCCUGGGGCUGGAGGAGCCCAUCCUGGACCGCCGCCACAGUACAAGUGAGAAGUCUAACGGCUACAAGACGUCAGCUGUCGGUCUUAUGGCUUGCGGCCCUCACUGCUGUCACUGCACGGGAGCCACUGCAUGUCGCAUGAGCCGAGACCUGCAUCUUAAAUGUGAAAGGAAGUGAGAUUAAUUUGUGCUCCUGGCGAAGCUGGUGGAUUUCGGCAUCGGUUCUUUUUCCUCCUCCCAGAGCGUAGUCUGUCCCAAGGCUGCUCUGAAGCCACCCGUGCAGAGAAGGUGACUCGGGUGCCAGGCCCCGGCCGCAGCGGGGCAGAUGUCCUUCAUGUUGAGGGGACCGCUCUCUGUCCCAGGGGCCGGGUCGCUGUGAGAACUGCUAACUGGGCCGGACUCGCUCUCCACCCCCACCCCCACCCCGCCCGCCGUGCCCCCUGCCCGGAUCCUCGCGCUCCCCCCACCCCCACCUUCGGGCUCCCUGCCCUCCGCCCUCGCCCUCGGAGGGGCCGGGUCCGCUGUGAGAAGUGCUAACGGAGUUGGCAGGGCCGGGACCCCGAGAGGCACCUGCGGCCCCCGCUGCUGCUCUGGAGGCCCCUGGCGCGCCUGCAACCGAAACCGCAAGGAAAAGUGUGUAUUUUAUGACAGUUAUUGAUCAAGUUCUCAAUGACGUGAGAUUCCUAUUAAAUCGAUGAAAGAGUGUGUGCUCAA